GUCUGGGGCGCUGUAACCAGAAACCAGACGCCCUCGUCGGUAACGGAGGAGGGGGCCAAGCAAGAAGGGAGCAGCGCGACUUGACGGUGCCUGGCAUGUCCCGGCUGCUCCACCCCAGCACGCUCUGACCAUGAGCAUCAAUUCCUCCCUCGGCAACAAGAACACCACUGGGAACUUUACGCUGCUGGAAGACGGAGCAGGCAGAGUGACGGAGUCCAUCGCUCUCAUUGUCAUUGCCAUUUUCGUCUGCUUAGGGAACCUGGUGAUUGUCCUCACCCUUUACAAGAAGUCGUACCUCCUCACGCUCAGCAACAAGUUCGUUUUCAGCCUGACUCUGUCCAACUUCCUGCUUUCUGUGCUGGUGCUGCCUUUCGUCGUGACCAGCUCCAUCCGGCGGGAAUGGAUCUUCGGCGUUGUUUGGUGCAACUUCUCCGCCCUGCUCUAUAUGCUCAUCAGCUCGGCCAGUAUGCUCACCCUUGGACUGAUUGCUAUCGACCGGUACUAUGCUGUCCUGUACCCAAUGGUUUACCCAAUGAAGAUUACUGGGAACCGAGCUGUUGUCGCCCUUGUGUACGUGUGGCUGCAUUCUCUCAUUGGAUGCCUUCCUCCACUCUUCGGCUGGUCUUCCCUAGAGUUCGAUCAGUUCAAGUGGAUGUGUGUGGCUGCGUGGCAUAAGCAGGCAGGUUACACUGCCUUCUGGCAGAUCUGGUGUGCGUUGCUGCCUUUCAUCGUCAUGAUGAUUUGCUACGGAUUCAUAUUCCGCGUGGCUAGGAUUAAAGCAAGGAAAAUCCACUGUGGGAGCGUGGUCAUUGCCGAGGAAGAUACUCAAAGGAACGGGAGGAAGAACUCCAGCACUUCAACUUCCUCAUCAGGCAGUCGAAGGAACGCUUUCCAGGGGGUUGUUUAUUCUGCCAAUCAGUGCAAAGCUUUGAUCACGAUCUUGGUUGUGAUUGGUGCUUUUGUCAUCACGUGGGGGCCUUACAUGGUGGUCAUUACCUCCGAGGCACUUUGGGGGAAAAACAGCAUUUCCCCAGCUUUGGAGACAUUAGCGACCUGGCUGUCCUUUACAAGUGCUAUUUGCCACCCUUUGAUUUACGGACUCUGGAAUAAAACAGUACGCAAGGAGUUGCUGGGAAUGUGUUUUGGAGACCGGUACUACAGAGAAUCCUUUGUUCAGCGACAGAGGACAUCCAGAUUAUUUAGUAUUUCUAAUAGGAUCACAGAUUUGGGACUAUCUCCACAUCUCACAGCUCUCAUGGCAGGGGAGCGGACUUUAGGACACAGCAGCAGCACCGGAGAUACAGGCUUCAGCUGCUCUCAGGAUUCAGGAACUGACAUCAUGCUACUUGAAGACUAUAGUUCUGAUGGCGUUCAUCACCCCCAUUGUGUGUAUCCCCACCGACGGAGGAGUUCUGUGACAUUUGAAGAUGAAGUGGAACAAAUUAAAGAAUCAGCAAAGAGCUCUGUUCUUCACGUAAAAGCUGACGUUCAUAAGUCUCUGGACAGUUAUGCUUCCAGCUUGGCCAAAGCUAUUGAGGCGGAUGUGAGAAUCACCUUGUUCGGAGGAGACGCUUUGCCUGGCUCUUUGUUUCCAGUGCGAACUGUGGCAGGCAGCAACGCCUGUGCGCGGCGUGGCGGCAGGAGCCACGCGGGUCAGAGACUACAGCUACAAAGCAUCGAGGAAGGGAACACUUAAAACCCCUGCAACAGGGAGCAGACAAAACCACUAAGGACAAUACAGGCCUGUUCUUUUUCUAAAGGAAAACAAAACAGCCUCCAGUGCAUUAGUCAAGGACUUUGAAAACACCCGAAGACGUGUCUUAACAGUGUUAGAAUUUGUGUGUAUAUAUAAAAUAUGUACCUCACCCUGUCAGGCAGGGGCAGACAACAGGCAGGCUGCACACCGUCUCUUGGCCUUAAGUGCCGCUCCCGCCGCUGCCAAAUUUGCAGCAGCAAAACAAUUGCCGGUUGGCUACCAAAUUUUGGUGGCAAACCAUGAUGGGGGCCUAAAAAGGCCAAAUUUAUCUUUAAAGCCUUGCUUUAAAGCUACGUUUGGCCUUUUUUUUGGCCAGCGUUGUGGUUUGCUGCUGAAAUACGGUAGCAAAACAUUAAUCCUUUUGCUGCUGCUGCCCCCUAAAUUUGGGGGUACAACCCCCCAGGGGGUUCUCGGGAGUUAAAAUUGUCCUCUGGAGUCCCCAAAGUUACCCACCCCUGCGGUAGGAUAGAGUUAGGGCCACCAUGUAUGUGCCUGAAUGCUGAGCAAAAGGGAAAUUGGGAGUGGAGAAGCAUCUGCUCACAACUUCCAUGAUAAACUGCAGGUUGUUUUCCUGUUUUUAGUAGCACGGGUUUCCUUGAAGGAUCCUUUUCCUACUUGUUUCCUUUUAACUCUAGCCACAGAUGCAAUCAGUUUUCAAGAUAGCUUCCCUCCCUCCUCUCCCCACUUAGAUAAAUGUUACAAUGUCCUCCACAUGCUCCUAGAAAACAAUACAAUGAAGAAAAAAACGUUGCCUUAAUAGAACAAAUGUCAAAUUCUCAGUAAUGGCUUCCAUGCUAGGCCUUUAGUGUAGAAUUGCCAUGUUUCAUUUGCUCACUUUUUGUGGGGUGUCUGCAUUAUGAUGUCAUUCAAUCAUUGUCAUCCUGUAUUUUCCCUGUGGUUCUCCUUUCUUUUGUGAGGCUGCAGAAAGUUCAACUUUUUUUUUUUUUAGAAUAGGAGUGCAACCUCCACAGGUGUAUAGGUGUCCCUAUAGCACUCUUCCAUCUUUUUUAAAGGGUGGGCUUUGGUGUGGGCAAGGACACAUUGACCACUGAACCUAUCACGACUCAACACUCUAUAAUCUUUGUUGUGUGAGCCAUUUAAAAAAAUAACGUUAACAGUUAAAACUAUUAAGCAUGUUGCUCUAAUGGUACUGGGGUGGGUGGGAAUCAUUUAAAAACAAAUAGUCAUUGGCCCCAUUCAGAAGAUACUUUAAA